CUCCGCCUUGCUUCUGUCAGAAGCUCCGCACCCUCGGGGAGGAGGUGGAGGGAAGUUAGGAGCCCGGCUAGGGAACUGUGAAGGGUUAGGUAAAGCCUGCUACCAGUGCUUUGUUGAAAUUUCAUAUGGACAUUGCAAGGAAAAUGAAGCUCCCUAUUUUUAUAGUAGACGCAUUCACAGCGAAAGCAUUUCGUGGAAAUCCUGCUGCUGUUUGCCUCCUAGAAAAUAAAUUGGAUGAAGACAUACAUCAGAGCAUUGCCAAGGAAAUGAACCUCUCUGAAACAGCCUUUGUCCAGAAACUCCAACCCACCGACAACUUUGCACAAAGUUCCCGCUUUGGACUAAGGUGGUUCACGCCUGCAAGUGAGGUUCCACUGUGUGGCCACGCCACCCUGGCUUCUGCAGCUGUGCUGUUUCACAAACAAAACAACAUGAAUAGUACUCUCACCUUUGACACUCUGAGUGGGGAACUGAAGGCCACUAGAGCAGAGGAUGGGAUCGUCAUGGAUUUUCCUCUUUACGCGGCCCACCCCCAGGACGCCCAUGAAGUAGAGGCCUUGAUAAAGACUGCCAUCGGGGACACACUGGUUCAGGAUGUCCGCUAUUCUCCAGACACCCGAAAACUGCUUGUGCGACUCAGUGACAGUUAUGACAGGUCAUUUCUGGAGAACCUGAAAGUGAACACCAGCAAUCUGCUGCAAGUUGAAAACAUGGGGAAGGUGAAAGGACUCAUUCUGACCCUUAAAGGAGAGCCUGAUGGGAAGACCCCAGCUUUUGACUUUUACUCCAGAUAUUUUUCACCGUGGUUUGGUGUGGCUGAAGAUCCUGUAACAGGAUCAGCACACACUGUUCUGAGCAGCUACUGGUCCGAGGAGCUGGGCAAGAAAGAAAUGCGGGCCUUCCAGUGUUCCUGCCGAGGAGGAGAACUGAAGCUCUCCCUGCGAGUGGGUGGACGCGUGGACAUCAGGGGAGAUGCCACCAUUGUGCUGGAGGGCACGCUGAGUGUCUAGGCAUGGUGCCCUGGGAUGACAUUCUCUGGUGGGAGAAGGCUCAGUGUGCAAGAAACGCCAGUUGCUGCCUUUAGCUGACUGACAUUGUGGACAGCAGCCAGCUUGACCUCUGUGCUAAAAACUGAAGAUGCAGACAUUUUACCACGCUUGCAGAUGAAUUA